AUGAGCACACCUUCAAACCCGACGGAAAAAGUCCCUCCCCCGGCCCUGGAGGCGACAAUCGGCCCAAACCCAACAACAAACCGAGGUGCCCCCAGUGUCCUUGGAAUGCAUCCAACCGAGCCAAAACUCAUUUACUGCAGUGGAAAACUCGUUGUUAUUCGUAACUUGGAUAAUUUAGCCGACACUUUUGUGUACAAGGGCCAUAAUGAACCUACAACCGUUGCAAAAUUCUCCCCCAAUGGCUAUUGGGUGGCAUCGGGUGACGUGUCGGGUAAAGUACGUGUGUGGUCGUACGACAAUCCAGAGCAUACGCUCAAGCUAGAGAUCCCGGUCUUUGCGGGAGAAAUCAAGGAUCUGUCAUGGGAUCCGGACAGUAAAAAGAUCGUGGCUGUGGGUGACGGUCGUGGCGUCAUGGCGCGUGUCGUCAUGUGGGAUACUGGCAACAAUGUUGGCGAGAUUGUCGGCCAUCAAAAACGGAUUUUAAGUGUCGACUACCGUCAGACACGUCCAUUUCGUAUCAUGACAGCUAGUGAAGACUUUAACGUGUGUGUGUAUGAAGGCCCUCCUUUCAAGUUUAAACACAACAACCAUAAUCUCCACUCAAACUUUGUCAACUGUGUGCGCUUUUCGCCGAAUGGCGAAUUUGCCGUCAGUGUGGGGUCGGACAAGUUAAUGUGCUUGCUUGAUGGGCAAAGCGGGGAAUUGGUUGACAAGUUUCCGGCCGUGCAUCAGGCCUCCAUCUAUUCAGUGUGCUGGAGCCCGGAUGGCACGCAGUUGCUGACCUCGUCGGCCGACAAGACGGUGGUGCUUUGGGACGUAGCGUCUCGCGGCGUAGUGACUACAUUCACCUUCGGAGGCUCGAAGCCACAGGUCAAGGACAUGCAGGUGGCGGUGGCCUGGUGCCAGAACUACCUCAUUUCGCUCAGUCUUUCGGGUGACCUGAACUUUCUAGACCUGGAUAACCCCUCGCAGCCAAAGCAGAUUGUGCAAGGCCACCAGGUGAGUAUCCUGUCGCUCGCCACCGAACCGACGCAGAGCCGCAUCCUCACGGGCAGCUAUGACGGUGUUGUAUGCUCGUGGAUAUCAAAGCUGGCCAAGACGCUGCCGGGUGCCCACCAUACUGCAAAGAUCACGGGCAUUUCUGCCACAUCAAACCAGAUUGCAAGCUCCGGGUGGGAUGACCAGCUGCGUUUUGCCAAUGAAAACGAGUACAUCGCCGCUACGCCACUGAACGCACAGCCGAACGGAGUAGCGCUUACGGAGUCUGGCCUCGCGGUGGCCAGUACAAACAAGGGUGUGAAGCUCCUGCGUGACCAGGAGCUAGUCUUUGAGACGGCCGAGCUGUCGUGGACGCCCACGUGUGUGGCCAUCUCGCCGUCAGAAGACCUAGUGGCGAUCGGUUCACAGGAGGAUAUGAAGAUUCACCUUUUUGACGUCGUGGACGGAUCUUCUCUGGUGGAAAGUGGCGAGAUUGUGGGACACCUUGGCGCGCUAACGUCCGUGUCGUUCUCACCGGAUGGGUCCUUGCUGGCUGCGGGUGACACGUACCGUGAGGUGCGCGUGUGGGAUGUAGCGUCUCGCUCGGCCAAGGUGCAGGGAAUGUGGGUCUUCCACUCGACGCGUGUGACAAGUGUGGCGUGGUCUCCGAGCGGCAACUUCGUGGCCAGUGGCUCGCUGGAUGAGCGCAUCUACAUUUGGGACGUGAACAACCCCAUGAAGAAGCGCGUAUUCGACUUUUCACACAAGGACGGCGUCACGGGUGUGAGUUUCGUGUCGGAGACAGAGCUCGUGUCGGUUGGCAACGACGCUUGUAUCAAUUACUGGGACCUGUCCGCCUAA